UGCUGCUGAAGCGUUUCCUCAAGCUCGCUGGGGUGGGAGGAGAGGAGGAGGAGGUGGUGGUGGUGGAGGAGGAGGAGGAGGCAGAGGGUGGAGAGAGAGAAAGCGCACGCCGAGAGGAGGUGUGGGUGUUCCGUUUCCAUCCUAACGGAACGAACUCCCUGUUCGCGGACAUGGGAUUACCCAGCGGCUGCUAACCCCUCUCCUCGCCCUGCUCCCCCAGCCCGGCGUGGCUCCCGGGCACCAAGGAGCUGACUACAGAGGAGCAGGAUUCGCACAGCUGGCGUGUUUGGGCAACAGAGUGCCUGACCUCGGUCAGGCUUUUCGAGAAAGACAUGUCUGACAAGAUGUCUAGUUUCCUACAUAUUGGAGACAUUUGUUCUUUGUACGCAGAAGGAUCGACAAAUGGAUUUAUUAGCACCUUGGGCCUGGUUGACGAUCGUUGUGUUGUACAGCCAGAAGCUGGGGACCUUAAUAAUCCACCCAAGAAAUUCAGAGAUUGCCUCUUUAAGCUAUGUCCCAUGAAUCGCUACUCUGCCCAGAAGCAGUUCUGGAAAGCUGCCAAGCCAGGGGCCAACAGUACAACCGAUGCAGUGCUGCUCAACAAACUGCACCAUGCUGCAGACUUGGAAAAGAAGCAGAAUGAGACAGAAAACAGGAAAUUGCUUGGGACCGUAAUCCAGUAUGGCAACGUGAUCCAGCUCCUGCAUUUGAAAAGUAAUAAAUACCUAACUGUGAAUAAGAGGCUUCCAGCGCUCCUGGAGAAGAAUGCCAUGAGAGUGACUUUGGACGAAGCUGGAAAUGAAGGGUCCUGGUUUUAUAUUCAGCCAUUCUACAAACUGCGAUCCAUCGGAGACAGUGUGGUCAUAGGUGACAAGGUUGUACUGAACCCCGUCAAUGCUGGCCAGCCCCUACAUGCCAGCAGCCAUCAGCUGGUGGAUAACCCAGGCUGCAAUGAGGUAAAUUCUGUCAACUGCAAUACUAGCUGGAAAAUUGUCCUUUUCAUGAAAUGGAGCGAUAACAAAGAUGACAUACUGAAGGGGGGUGACGUGGUAAGGCUGUUCCAUGCGGAGCAGGAGAAGUUCCUCACCUGUGAUGAGCACAGGAAGAAGCAGCAUGUGUUCUUGAGAACUACCGGCCGGCAGUCAGCUACAUCUGCCACGAGUUCGAAGGCCCUGUGGGAGGUGGAGGUAGUCCAACAUGACCCAUGUCGGGGUGGAGCCGGAUACUGGAAUAGCCUCUUCCGUUUCAAGCAUCUUGCUACUGGGCAUUACUUAGCAGCAGAGGUAGACCCUGACUUUGAGGAAGAAUGCCUGGAGUUUCAGCCCUCAGUGGAUCCUGAUCAGGAUGCCUCUCGAAGCAGGUUGCGAAAUGCCCAAGAAAAGAUGGUGUACUCCCUGGUCUCUGUGCCUGAGGGCAAUGACAUCUCCUCCAUUUUUGAGCUGGACCCCACCACUCUCCGUGGAGGUGAUAGCCUUGUCCCAAGAAACUCCUAUGUCCGACUCAGACACCUUUGCACUAAUACCUGGGUUCAUAGCACAAAUAUCCCAAUCGACAAGGAAGAAGAAAAACCUGUAAUGCUGAAAAUUGGCACCUCCCCUGUGAAGGAGGAUAAGGAAGCAUUUGCCAUAGUUCCGGUUUCUCCUGCUGAGGUUCGGGACCUGGAUUUUGCCAAUGACGCCAGCAAGGUGCUGGGCUCUAUAGCUGGGAAGCUGGAGAAAGGCACCAUCACUCAGAAUGAAAGAAGGUCUGUAACCAAGCUGCUGGAAGACUUGGUUUACUUUGUCACUGGUGGCACUAACUCUGGUCAAGAUGUGCUUGAAGUGGUCUUCUCCAAGCCUAACAGAGAACGGCAGAAGCUGAUGAGAGAACAGAAUAUCCUCAAGCAGAUCUUCAAAUUGUUACAAGCCCCGUUCACAGACUGUGGCGAUGGCCCAAUGCUGCGGCUCGAGGAGCUUGGGGACCAGCGGCAUGCUCCUUUCAGACAUAUCUGUCGGCUCUGCUACAGGGUCCUGAGACACUCUCAGCAAGACUACAGGAAAAACCAGGAGUACAUAGCCAAGCAGUUUGGCUUUAUGCAGAAGCAGAUUGGCUAUGAUGUGUUGGCCGAAGACACCAUCACCGCCCUGCUUCACAAUAACCGAAAACUCCUGGAAAAACACAUCACCGCCGCUGAGAUCGACACGUUUGUCAGUCUGGUGCGAAAGAACAGGGAGCCCAGAUUCUUAGAUUACCUCUCCGACCUCUGUGUUUCCAUGAACAAAUCGAUCCCGGUGACCCAGGAACUGAUAUGUAAAGCUGUGCUGAAUCCAACCAAUGCCGACAUCCUGAUUGAGACCAAGCUGGUUCUUUCUCGUUUUGAAUUUGAGGGUGUUUCUACUGGAGAGAAUGCUCUGGAAGCAGGAGAAGACGAGGAAGAGGUGUGGCUCUUUUGGAGGGACAGCAACAAGGAGAUUCGCAGCAAAAGUGUCCGGGAACUGGCCCAAGAUGCCAAAGAAGGGCAGAAGGAGGACCGCGAUGUUCUCAGCUACUACAGGUAUCAGUUGAACCUUUUUGCUAGGAUGUGUCUAGACCGCCAGUACCUGGCCAUCAAUGAAAUAUCAGGCCAGCUGGAUGUAGAUCUCAUUCUCCGCUGCAUGUCUGAUGAGAACCUGCCCUAUGACCUGAGGGCAUCCUUCUGUCGCCUCAUGCUUCAUAUGCACGUGGACCGAGAUCCCCAGGAACAAGUCACUCCCGUGAAAUAUGCCCGCCUCUGGUCUGAGAUUCCCUCGGAGAUCGCCAUUGAUGACUAUGAUAGUAGCGGAGCUUCCAAAGAUGAAAUUAAGGAGAGGUUUGCUCAGACCAUGGAAUUUGUGGAGGAGUAUUUAAGAGAUGUGGUUUGUCAGAGGUUUCCUUUCUCUGAUAAGGAGAAAAAUAAGCUUACAUUUGAGGUUGUAAAUUUAGCUAGGAAUCUCAUCUACUUUGGUUUCUACAACUUCUCUGACCUUCUCCGAUUGACCAAAAUUCUCUUGGCCAUACUGGACUGUGUGCAUGUGACGACCAUCUUUCCCAUUAGUAAGAUGGCGAAAGGAGAAGAGAAUAAAGGAAGUAAUGUAAUGCGGUCCAUCCAUGGGGUUGGAGAGCUGAUGACCCAGGUGGUGCUCCGCGGAGGAGGCUUUUUACCCAUGACUCCUAUGGCUGCUGCCCCUGAAGGCAACGUGAAGCAGACAGAGCCAGAGAAGGAGGAUAUCAUGGUCAUGGACACCAAGUUGAAGAUCAUUGAAAUACUCCAGUUUAUUUUGAAUGUGAGGUUGGAUUAUAGGAUCUCCUGCCUCCUGUGUAUAUUUAAGCGAGAAUUUGAUGAAAGCAAUUCCCAGACUUCGGAAACAUCCUCUGGAGGCAGCAGCCAAGAGGGGCCAAGUAAUGUACCAGGUACUCUUGACUUUGAACAUAUUGAAGAGCAAGCAGAAGGCAUCUUUGGAGGAAGUGAGGAGAACACACCGCUGGACUUGGACGACCAUGGUGGCAGAACCUUCCUCCGAGUCUUGCUGCAUUUGACAAUGCACGACUACCCACCCCUGGUGUCAGGGGCCCUGCAGCUCCUCUUUCGGCACUUCAGUCAGAGGCAGGAGGUCCUGCAGGCCUUCAAACAGGUUCAGCUGCUUGUUACCAGCCAAGAUGUGGACAACUACAAACAGAUCAAACAAGACUUGGACCAGCUGAGAUCCAUUGUGGAAAAGUCGGAGCUUUGGGUGUACAAAGGGCAGGGCCCUGAUGAGGCCAUGGAUGGUGUCUCUGGUGAAAUCGAACAUAAGAAAACAGAGGAGGGGAAUAACAAGUCACAGAAGCAUGAGAGCACCAGCAGCUACAAUUACAGGGUGGUCAAAGAGAUCCUGAUUCGGCUCAGCAAACUCUGCGUGCAGGAGAGCGCCACCGUGAGGAAGAGCAAGAAGCAGCAGCAGCGCCUGCUCCGGAACAUGGGCGCGCACGCAGUGGUGCUCGAGCUGCUGCAGAUCCCCUACGAGAAGGCUGAAGAUACCAAGAUGCAGGAGAUAAUGAGGCUGGCUCAUGAAUUUCUACAGAAUUUCUGUGCUGGCAACCAGCAGAAUCAAGCAUUGCUACACAAACACAUAAACCUGUUUCUCAACCCAGGGAUCCUGGAGGCGGUAACCAUGCAGCACAUCUUCAUGAACAACUUCCAGCUCUGCAGUGAGAUCAAUGAGAGGGUCGUCCAGCACUUUGUUCACUGCAUCGAGACUCACGGUCGGAACGUCCAGUACAUCAAGUUCUUGCAGACGAUUGUCAAGGCGGAAGGGAAAUUCAUUAAAAAGUGCCAAGACAUGGUUAUGGCUGAGCUGGUUAAUUCGGGAGAGGACGUCCUCGUGUUCUACAAUGACAGAGCCUCUUUCCAGACCCUAAUCCAGAUGAUGAGGUCAGAGCGGGACCGGAUGGACGAGAACAGCCCUCUCAUGUACCACAUCCACCUGGUUGAGCUCUUGGCCGUAUGCACUGAGGGCAAGAACGUCUAUACAGAGAUAAAGUGCAACUCUCUGCUCCCACUGGAUGACAUUGUCCGUGUAGUGACCCAUGAGGAUUGCAUCCCCGAGGUUAAAAUUGCCUACAUUAACUUCCUUAAUCACUGCUACGUGGAUACUGAGGUGGAAAUGAAGGAGAUUUAUACCAGCAAUCACAUGUGGAAGUUGUUUGAGAAUUUCCUUGUAGACAUCUGCAGGGCCUGUAACAACACAAGUGACAGGAAGCAUGCAGACUCAAUUUUGGAAAAGUACGUUACUGAAAUCGUCAUGAGUAUCGUUACUACCUUCUUCAGUUCUCCCUUCUCAGACCAGAGUACUACCCUGCAGACUCGCCAGCCUGUCUUUGUGCAACUGCUACAAGGUGUGUUCAGGGUUUACCACUGCAACUGGUUAAUGCCGAGCCAAAAAGCCUCUGUGGAGAGCUGUAUUCGGGUGCUCUCUGAUGUAGCCAAGAGCCGGGCCAUCGCUAUUCCUGUGGACCUGGACAGCCAAGUCAACAACCUCUUCCUGAAGUCUCACAACAUUGUGCAGAAAACUGCCAUGAACUGGCGACUGACCGCCCGCAAUGCGGCUCGCAGAGACUCUGUUCUGGCGGCUUCCAGAGACUACCGGAAUAUCAUUGAGAGAUUGCAGGACAUUGUCUCAGCCCUGGAGGACCGUCUGAGGCCCCUGGUCCAGGCAGAGUUAUCUGUGCUCGUGGAUGUGCUCCACCGACCUGAGCUACUUUUCCCAGAGAACACAGAUGCCAGAAGAAAGUGCGAAAGCGGUGGCUUCAUUUGCAAGUUAAUAAAGCAUACUAAACAGCUACUAGAGGAGAAUGAAGAGAAACUCUGCAUUAAGGUCCUGCAGACUCUCAGAGAAAUGAUGACCAAAGAUAGAGGCUAUGGAGAAAAGCUAAUUUCCAUUGAUGAAUUGGAUAAUGCUGAGCUACCACAAGCUCCGGAUUCUGAGAACUCCACAGAGCAGGAACUUGAACCGAGUCCCCCCCUGAGGCAACUGGAAGACCAUAAAAGGGGUGAGGCGCUCAGGCAAAUUUUGGUCAACCGUUACUAUGGAAACAUCAGACCUUCAGGAAGAAGAGAAAGCCUCACCAGCUUUGGCAAUGGCCCGCUGUCACCAGGAGGACCCAGCAAGCCUGGGGGAGGAGCGGGAGGCUCUGGGUCCAGCUCCACAAGCAGGGGUGAGAUGAGCCUGGCUGAGGUUCAGUGCCACCUCGACAAGGAGGGUGCCUCUAAUCUGGUCAUUGACCUCAUAAUGAACGCGUCCAGUGACCGAGUGUUUCAUGAAAGCAUUCUCCUGGCCAUUGCCCUUCUGGAAGGAGGCAACACCACUAUACAGCACUCCUUUUUCUGCCGGUUAACAGAAGAUAAGAAGUCGGAAAAAUUCUUCAAGGUCUUCUAUGACCGAAUGAAGGUGGCCCAGCAGGAAAUCAAGGCAACAGUGACUGUGAACACCAGUGACUUGGGGAAUAAAAAGAAAGAUGAUGAGAUAGACAGGGAUGCCCCAUCACGGAAAAAAGCCAAAGAGCCCUCAACACAAAUAACAGAAGAGGUCCGAGAUCAGCUCCUGGAGGCCUCUGCUGCCACGAGGAAAGCCUUCACCACCUUCAGGAGGGAGGCUGACCCCGACGAUCACUACCCGUCUGGGGAAGGUGCCCAGGCUACGGCGGACAAGACCAAGGAUGACCUGGAGAUGAGUGCGGUCAUCACCAUCAUGCAGCCCAUUCUCCGGUUCCUGCAGCUCCUGUGUGAAAACCACAACCGAGACCUGCAGAACUUCCUUCGUUGUCAAAAUAACAAGACCAAUUACAAUUUGGUGUGUGAGACACUACAGUUCCUGGACUGUAUUUGCGGAAGCACUACUGGAGGUCUUGGUCUUCUCGGGCUCUAUAUAAACGAAAAGAACGUAGCCCUUAUCAACCAAACCCUGGAAAGUCUGACUGAAUACUGUCAAGGACCGUGCCAUGAGAACCAGAACUGCAUAGCCACCCAUGAAUCCAAUGGCAUUGACAUCAUCACAGCCCUGAUCCUUAAUGACAUCAAUCCUUUGGGAAAGAAGAGGAUGGACCUUGUAUUGGAACUGAAGAACAAUGCUUCCAAGUUGCUGCUGGCCAUCAUGGAGAGCAGGCACGACAGCGAGAAUGCAGAGCGGAUACUUUACAACAUGAGGCCAAAAGAACUGGUGGAAGUGAUCAAGAAAGCCUACAUGCAAGGCGAAGUGGAAUUUGAGGAUGGAGAAAAUGGUGAGGACGGAGCUGCCUCCCCCAGGAACGUGGGGCACAACAUCUACAUAUUAGCUCAUCAGUUGGCUCGGCAUAACAAAGAACUCCAGACCAUGCUGAAACCUGGUGGCCAAGUGGAUGGGGAUGAAGCUCUGGAGUUUUAUGCCAAGCACACAGCCCAGAUAGAGAUUGUCAGAUUAGACCGAACCAUGGAACAGAUUGUGUUCCCUGUGCCCAGCAUAUGUGAAUUCCUAACCAAGGAGUCAAAACUACGAAUAUACUAUACUACAGAGAGGGAUGAACAAGGCAGCAAGAUCAAUGACUUCUUCCUGCGGUCCGAGGACCUCUUCAAUGAAAUGAACUGGCAAAAGAAACUGAGAGCCCAGCCCGUUCUGUAUUGGUGUGCCCGCAACAUGUCUUUCUGGAGCAGCAUUUCAUUUAACCUGGCUGUCCUGAUGAACCUGCUUGUGGCGUUUUUCUACCCAUUUAAAGGAGUUCGAGGAGGAACACUGGAGCCACACUGGUCAGGACUGCUGUGGACAGCCAUGCUCAUCUCUCUGGCCAUUGUCAUUGCCCUCCCCAAGCCCCAUGGCAUCCGGGCCUUAAUUGCCUCCACAAUUCUCCGGUUGAUAUUUUCGGUUGGGUUACAACCCACGUUGUUUCUUCUGGGAGCUUUCAACGUCUGCAAUAAAAUCAUCUUUCUGAUGAGCUUUGUGGGCAACUGUGGAACGUUCACCAGAGGCUACCGAGCCAUGGUUCUGGAUGUUGAGUUCCUUUACCAUUUGUUAUAUCUGCUGAUCUGCGCCAUGGGGCUCUUCGUCCACGAGUUCUUCUACAGUUUGCUGCUUUUUGAUUUGGUAUACAGAGAAGAGACUCUGCUUAAUGUCAUUAAAAGUGUCACUCGCAAUGGCCGGUCCAUCAUCUUGACAGCAGUUCUGGCUUUGAUCCUGGUUUACCUGUUCUCAAUAGUGGGCUAUCUUUUCUUCAAAGAUGAUUUUAUCUUGGAAGUAGACAGGUUGCCCAAUGAAACAGCUCUUCCAGAAGCCGGAGAGAGUUUGGCAAGCGAGUUCCUGUAUUCUGACGUGUGUAGGGUGGAGACUGGGGAGAACUGUUCCUCUCCUGCACCCAAAGAAGAGCUGGUCCUCACAGAAGAGACGGAGCAAGACAAGGAGCACACGUGUGAGACACUUCUGAUGUGCAUUGUCACGGUGCUGAGUCACGGGCUGAGGAGCGGGGGCGGAGUAGGAGACGUGCUCAGGAAACCAUCCAAAGAGGAGCCCCUCUUUGCUGCCAGAGUAAUCUAUGACCUCUUGUUCUUCUUCAUGGUCAUCAUCAUCGUCCUUAAUCUGAUUUUCGGGGUCAUCAUUGACACCUUUGCUGACCUGAGGAGUGAAAAGCAGAAGAAAGAGGAGAUCUUAAAGACCACGUGCUUUAUCUGUGGCUUGGAAAGAGACAAGUUUGACAACAAGACUGUCACCUUUGAAGAGCACAUCAAGGAAGAACACAACAUGUGGCACUAUCUGUGCUUCAUCGUGCUGGUGAAAGUGAAGGACUCUACAGAGUACACCGGGCCCGAGAGUUAUGUGGCAGAAAUGAUCAAGGAAAGAAACCUUGACUGGUUCCCCAGGAUGAGAGCCAUGUCCCUGGUCAGCAGUGACUCUGAAGGGGAGCAGAAUGAGCUGAGGAACCUGCAGGAGAAGCUGGAGUCCACCAUGAAGCUUGUCACUAACCUUUCCGGCCAGCUGUCAGAAUUAAAGGAUCAGAUGACAGAACAAAGGAAGCAGAAACAAAGAAUUGGUCUUCUAGGACAUCCUCCUCAUAUGAAUGUCAACCCACAGCAACCAGCAUAAGCAAAUGAAAUUAAGGAAUCUUAUUUACCUUUUUUAAUGAUCAUUAGUGUGGGUAUGGCUAAUUAGUUCUGAUUCACCCACAAAGAUUACAGUAAUGCUUAGUACAUUUGUAAAUAAUCAGUUUUAUACUGUAUGUAUAUGAUUGCUACUCUAAAGGUUUGGAUAUAUGUAUUGUAAUUAGAAUUGUUGGCAUGAUGAAAUUUCAUUUGUGCCAAAAAUAUUAAAAAUGCCUUUUUUGGAAGGACUAAAGAAAGCACCUGAUUUGCACUUGAACCAGAUUAUAGAUUUAAACUAUAUGACAUGUAUUUUGUAUUUAAAACUAGAAUAGCCAGUAUUUAUGUUUUUUAUAAAACUGUGCAAUACGAAUUAUGCAAUCACAAUAAAUUUGUAACUCCUGAGUGUCCUAAAGGGAGUGCACAUCUUUGAAGCUGGUGUGUUAAUACUAUGUAAUAAAUGGUUAAAUAUCAAAUGCUGCUGCCAAAAUCAUAUUAAUAGUGAGUUUCAGGCCCCUGGGCAUUUUGUACCAUGUAAUUAUCCUGUGGUGAUACUGUUUCUCGUUGCUCGUGGCAUUAGUGCCUCUGUCUCAUAGUGACAGUGCUCCAAGUCAGCAUUCAUUUUGAGAAAAGCAACUUUAGUUUCAAAGAUAAUUUUAAGCUUCUGAACUGAUCAUUUAAACUAUUUCUUUAAAUAAGAGAGCUAAAUUAGAAGCUCAGACUUUAGCUUGUGAAGUUAAUGAGUUUUUUAAAAGGAACUUUUGAUGCAACGUUUGGAAAAAAUGCACACUGCUGGCCAAUCAAUGUCAUCUCCUAGGUGAAUUUUGGUGUCACAUUAUAAAGAAAUGAAUAAUUGAUGGUGUCUAGAUUAUCUAGUCCAAACAGUAGAUUUUCUUCUUCAUUUGAACCAACAUGCUAUAGUAGCUAAGAAGUAUUAAAGUAUAUACAUCCAUAUAAAGAGGAAAUAUCAUCUAUCCCAUUAGAACUCCUAGUUGAACACUGACAUGUUAUUCUUGUGAAAGAGCCACGUUUUGGUUUUAUUUCCUUGUCACAUGAUUUCUUUCCUUGAUGGAUGAAAAGUAUGAAAGGAAACUUUUAUAUCUGUCGCCUAGUUUUGUACAUGGAUCUCAUUUUACAAGAGAAUCUCUCUGCAAAAAGUUUAAAAGUGUACUGAAAGCAGAGUUCUGAAAUGAGUCAAGUUUGUAAAUGCAUAUAUAAAAAUAAAUAUUUAAUGAUGCAGAAUACA